CCGGCGGGCCGGGCCAUGCAGCGCUCCCGGGCGGCCGCGGACGAGGCGGCUCUGCUCCUGGCCGGGCUGGCCCUGCGGGAGCUGGAGCCGGGCUGCAACUCUCCGGGCCGGGGUCGGCGGGGGCCGCGGCCCGGGCCGGGAGACGAGGCGGCGCAGGCGUUGGGCCGCAGAGGGCAGGGCAGCGGCGGCGGCGGCCCCGAGGCCGGGGUGGACGGACUGAGCCGCGGGGAGCGAGGCCCGCGGCGCGCGGCGGCCCCCGAGCUCAGCGCGCAGCCGGCGGGCAGCCCGCGGGCUAGCCUGGCGGGCUCCGACGGAGGCGGCGGCGGCGGCGGCAGCGGCAGCGCCCGCUCCAGCGGAAUCAGCCUGGGCUACGACCAGCGCCACGGCAGCCCGCGCUCGGGCCGCUCGGAUCCGCGCCCGGGCCCCGGGCCGCCGUCGGUGGGCAGCGCGCGCUCCAGUGUGUCCAGCCUCGGCUCCCGCGGCUCGGCCGGCGCCUACCCCGACCUGCUCCUGCCCGGCGCCUGCUCCGCGCCGGCUCGCUCCCCGGAGCCCGCCGGGCCGGCCCCUUUCGCUCUGCCUUCGCUCCAGCUGCCCCCGGGCCGGGAGGGCGCCCCGAGCUCGGCGGAGCGGCGGCUGGAGGCGCUGACCCGAGAGCUGGAGCGGGCGCUGGAGGCGCGCACGGCGCGGGACUACUUCGGUAUUUGCAUCAAGUGUGGGCUUGGCAUCUAUGGAGCGAGGCAGGCGUGCCAGGCAAUGGGGAGCCUGUAUCACACCGAUUGCUUCACCUGCAACUCCUGUGGGAGACGACUUCGCGGGAAGGCGUUCUACAAUGUGGGUGAGAAAGUGUACUGCCAGGAGGACUUCCUGUACUCCGGGUUCCAGCAAACGGCUGACAAGUGUAGCGUGUGUGGACACCUCAUCAUGGAGAUGAUCCUGCAGGCCCUUGGGAAGUCCUACCACCCGGGCUGCUUCCGGUGCUCGGUGUGCAACGAGUGCCUGGACGGGGUGCCCUUCACUGUGGACGUGGAGAACAACAUCUACUGUGUCCGAGAUUAUCACACGGUUUUUGCACCAAAAUGUGCCUCCUGUGCCCGUCCUAUCCUCCCUGCACAGGGCUGCGAGACGACCGUCCGUGUGGUGUCCAUGGACAGAGACUACCACGUCGAGUGCUAUCACUGCGAGGACUGCGGGCUGCAGCUGAGCGGGGAGGAUGGACGCCGCUGCUACCCCCUGGAGGGCCACCUGCUGUGCCGCCGCUGCCACCUGCGGCGCCUCCGGCCAGGCCCACUUCCCUCACCUGCUGUGCACGUCACCGAGCUCUGAGCUGGGGGCGGGUAGCCCGACCCUGGGGGCGUGUCUGUGCGCGCGCACGCGCGUGUGUUUGUGUCUGCGUGCACACGCGCGCGUUUUUCGCUCAGGAGCGCGUGUAUCCCUGCGCACGCACGUGUUUUUGCGCGAGUAUAUUUUUGCGCGCGCGCCGGCGAUGGGUGACCCAGGUCAGUGUCGGAAGCUCUGUGUCAGGGUGGGCGCGCCGCCGGCUCCCACCCCACCCCUACUCCCACCAGCCACCGAGCUGCUGUCCGAGGGGCCGGCCCCCGCGGCGAAGCUACUAAUAUUUAUUCACCGUCUGUGCCUCCUCAAACGCUUCCUUUCUCUUCGGGCCCUGGCCCGCCUCCCGCCCCCACCCCCUCACCCGCCUUCUGUUUCGGGACCCCCUGUGCCCCGUAGCCCCGGGGGCAGGCUCCAGACCCGCUCUGGGUCACGGGCUGAAGGUGGCCGUGCCACGUGCAGGGGCGCGGGGACACGGCCGCCGUCCUCCGACUGGCCUCGGGGCGGGAGCCAGUUUCCCUGUAUAGAAGGGGUCUGGGACCCCCUUCAAGAACGCUCCGGGGAGGCGGGGGUUGGCGGAGGGCACGCGUGUUUGUCUCAUAAGCGCCUGGCCCGCUGGUGGGUGGGAAGGGUUCGUUGUUUGGGAGGGGUCGCAGAAGGGGGUGAGGAAUGACACCCUUAGGGAGUGGGGCCUGCGAAGGAGCCCUCCCUUUGGCCAUUGUGGUCACUGCGGGUUUUGGCCACCGGGAUUCCGAUGGGCGUUUUCAGCCUUCACCCCGCCCCGGUCUUCCCAUCCCUGGCUCCUCGUUCCCAAACCCUCCCGUCCUCGGCCUCGGGAAAAGAACACCUCGUGCAGAAUUCCAGCCAUAGGUCUCGGUCGAGAGAGACCGCGAGGGGGCGCCCUGCCCGUUACAGGAAAGCACUGUGUAUCAGGCUCCACAACAAAAGCAUAUGAUUUGACUUAAAUUAAGUUUUUCCUUUGAGAAUAUUUUCAUUUUCUUUAAAAGAAUAUAGUUUUCUUCUAAAAACUUGGCCCACGGUGGUUAUUUCUUAGGAAAGUUAAAAGAAACUCACAAAUGUGCAAUUUGUAUAUCAUAUAGUUAGUGUUCAAGUGGUAAAACAUUGUAGUUUAACUAUUUUUGUAUAAAUUCCUCUAAAAUCUCAAAAUAUGUGUUUGCCUUUCAGACUUUAGGCUAGCGUGGGGUUUUGUUUAUGUCAGUGUCUUGAGAGCGGUUACCUAAUGAAAUGUGAUAUGUGGAAAUGUAGAUUUUUUUUCUUUUCCUCUGAAAGACACAUCAGCAUUGCAAAGCUUCUCACUGAUGGCUUAUGUUGGAUUUGCACUUGUGGGUGGCCCCUGCGGUGAGAGACCUCCUAAUCACAAUAACCAUCACGGUGGUUUUUACGGAAUAUUUUAAGUCCACUUGUUCCUGUGAGAACUGAACCACCUCGACUACUGCUCUUGCCCUCCGUUCCCCCCACUGUUAAACGUAAGAUCCUUCAUCUGGGGGAGCCAGGCCGUAGGAACCAGAACGUAGUCAGGACUGCUCAUUGGGCUGCGUAGGAGGGGAAGUGGCAGCCGGCGGGUUCCAGCUGGGCUAAGGCCUGGAGCCGGGGGACCCUCUAGUGGGCUGAGGAAGGAAGUACAUGGUGAGUUUGGUGAUCGUUGACCAAAUAUUUUAACGCAGAGGUUGCCCUGAGAUAGGGGAAGCGUGUGGCUCCUGAGGAAGGGACCUAACAGGAUCAAGGUGGCUUCUUGGAGGAGGUGAUCCCAGUGGGGCAGGAGACAGUAAAUUCCAGGAAUGGGAGGUUCUUUCUGGCUUUCUCUUCCUCUUGAGCUGGGCUGCUUUGCUUUCUAGCCAAUUACAUUGCAAAGCUUUCUUCUGAUUGCUUCCAAUGUCGAAGCCUGCUUUGGCCUUGGUUUCUCCUUGUUGCAAAUUCAGCUCUACUUUUUUCUCUUUCUUUGUGUCUGCUGUGGAGGUGGUCCCUGAUCUUCCUGCCAUGGGGACCACCAUCACUCUCCACACCUGCUCCAUCCUGGUUACCAUGCUCCCCCACCCAGCUGGACUGAGUCAUCACAGCAUGGAGCCUCCUUUGAAUUCAUGUGCCAAACUUUAUCAAAAGUCAGAGCCAAGGGAAUGCAUGACGCUGGGGGGCAGUGGCUUUAUCUCUGGCCACACUUUGACCUUUCUCUUUGGGCUCCAUGACCCUCUAUUGCCUUCUCCCAGGGCUGGUGACCGCCACCAUCCCUCUAACCCCAGAGCCUUUGCACAUGCAGUUCGCUCUGCCUGGACCCACCCCCUGCCCGAUGCUUUAAUUCCUGGUCAGAUCUUUCCGAUCUCAGCUACACGAAUAAGCCAGGCUCCUAGUUAUUACACUUCACCGAACACCCAGAAUUUGGGGCCCCGAUCUCUAAGCUCUUUUCCAAAAGCAGCAUCUUCCAGUCCAUUGUCAGGAAUUAUGCUGACGUGGUGGUCGUUGAGACUGAGGAAGAGAGAGAGAGAGAGUGAGAGCCAGACCUCAAGCCAGGUAGAUUACCCAUGAGCCUCCACUGCUGGGUGCCAAACCCACCUGCCCCUAGGAUGUCUCCCCUGAUGUUGACACCUGGUGACACCUCUAACUGUGCUUUUGUUAACUGCUGUACUUCCAUGUACUGAGAGAAGAAGAGUUCUCUUCAUGUCCAUCUCCUCACUAGAGGGUGGGCACUCCAGGCCAGGGUCUGUCUGGGUUGUUCACUCUUGUCUCCACAGUGCCUGGCCUAUGGUUGGUACUGUAACCUGAGGCAGACCCUGCCCUGGCCUUUAGAGUCUCAACUUAGGACCCCUCUCCCUCACUGGUUUGCAAGUCCAAGUACAGCCUCAGUUGCCCAAUGAAGGAGCCACAGGUGGGAUAAAGGCCCAAGAAUGGGUUUACACAAAUACUAUACGUGCUGCACAUCAAGUGUGUGCCCCAGGUAGUACACACACAGGUGUGCCUUUGUGGAUACCCUUGAGUAUUGGGUCCCCUGCCGUGCGUGCUCGUGUGUGUAUGAGAGGGAGAGGGAGGGAGAGAUAGGUUGUUUGA